AUGAAGAAGCUUUGCUCCAGCUCCAAAAAUGCUGAGGCACAGAUCCAAGAGUCUAGCAAAUCAGAAGACGCAGAUGUUAAAAGAACUGUCAUGUAUGGUAACUUUGCUUGGGUUUUCUUCCACCAGAACCAGUUUAUCAAGAGUUUGACCUAUGCUAAAAAGGUGAGGACCAUUUUAAAGCAAUAUGAGUCUCCUCCAAGGAAACAAACUCUUCUUUUAGACAUAUAUGGUGAGCAAGGUUGGACUUACUUAUCCUUUACAGGAAAAUACUAUCAAAGGGCUGCUGAGUGCUUUGAAAAAGCUCUAGAACUUGACCCAGAAGAUCCAGAAUCAAAUUCAGGCUUGCCAUGGCUGUGUAUAGAAUGGAAGGUUUCAGAUACAGUAGCAACACAGAAAACAAAUGAACGAGCUGUUAACUUAAAUCCCAGCGAUACAGUGGUGAAGGUUCUCCUUGCUUUGAAAUAUCUAUAUAUGAAGAAUCAUGAUCAAGGAGCUAUGUUAAUAGAACAAGCUCUACAAGAACAGCCAGAAUCCCCUUAUGUUCUUCGAUAUGUGGCAACAUUUUACAAAAGAAGAGGACAGAUAGAUAACGCUAUUGCAAUAUUUAAGAAAAUACUCACUUUAACUCCCACCUCUUGUGCUGUUUAUUAUCAACUUGGCACUUGUUUCAAACAAUUGAUAAGAAUGCCCAAAGCAUUAAAAGGCCAGUCUACCCAUGACAAUAGGCAGCAAAAUGCUGAAGCCAUUGCAAAUGCAAUAUUUUACUCUGAAAAGGCUGUCGAGCUAAACAGGUCAUCUGUAGCAGCACACAAUUUAUUGAUUAAUGUAUACAUGAAAACUAAUGAAUACCAAAAGGCAAAAGAAGUAUUUGGCAAAGCUCUGACCAUAAAGAGUAUGAGGUGUGAAGAGAAACAAGAGCUCCAUCUCAGCUGGGCACAAUAUUUAAUGAAUUCUAGAAAAUCAGAGUCUGAAGCAGUGAGGCAUUUUAAGGAAGUGAUAAAGAUACAAAGUGAAACAUGGUUUAGAGGAACUGCCAUAAAAAAACUGCAAAGCCUUGCUGAAACCAUGAUUGUCCAAAAUGCAAUGGAUGCUACUGGACAUGCUUUGCUUGGGUACAUCCACCAGCAAAGAGGACAGGACAUCGCAGCAUUGGAGUACUAUGAAAAAGCCCUCCUACUGGAUCCAGACAACCAGGAGUACUUAGAAGCUUGUUCUGCUUUGCAAGCCACAUUAUCAUGA